UCCUCCAUCACUUCCCUCUACUACUACUACUACUACUACUCUCUCUCUCUCAUCUCACAGAUAGUAGUAGAAGUUUUACCUAGUGAAACUGAGAGCUAAUUAUUUGAUCUAACUAAGAGAAUGAGAUGAAGUGUGUAUGAAGGGAAAAGCUUUGGUAGUUUGUUCCAGCUGCUGAUUCUUCUUGUUCAUCAAUCAUCUGGAUUUAAUUAGUUCGCUUUGUGUGAUGAGUCAUAAUUCUCUUCAAGUUUGCAUGGAUUCAGCUGACUGGCUUCAGGGCUCGAUUCAUGAGGACCAUUCUCCGAUGGACUCUUCUUCACCACUAUCCGGCGACAUUCUAACGUGCUCAAGGCCCUUGAUAGAGAGAAGGCUGAGGCCACCUCAUGACCAAUCCCUCAAGUGCCCGAGGUGCGACUCCACCCACACCAAGUUCUGCUACUACAAUAACUACAGUCUCUCUCAGCCUAGGUACUUUUGCAAGACCUGUAGAAGGUACUGGACCAAAGGAGGUACACUCAGAAACAUUCCUGUCGGUGGUGGUUGUAGAAAGAACAAGAAGGUUGCUUCGAAGAAACCUAAUGAAGAUCACACCCCCUCGAUGAACCCUAGCCAUCUCGGGUCGUCAUCUUCGUCUUCUCAUCACAACCGUACUGAUCUACAGCUUUCGUUCCCGGACCAGAUGCAGCUUUCGCAUCUCAAUAACUUGAUGCUUGGUGCUCAAGGGACAGGAAACCCUAGUUUUAUGGAUGGAAGGUACGGGAACAUCAAUGGAAUGCUGGAGAAUUCGAAUCAAUUGAGGCCAAUUGAUUUCAUGGAGAGCAAGUUGGAAGCUAUUGUGGGGAAUUCUAGGAACUAUGAUUUCAUGGGUGGUGGUGGUGAUAGUUUGGGUAUGGUAGGUGGCCUUAGCAAUAUGGCCGCUGCUCAUGGAUUAGAAUCUGGCUUCCAUGGUUUUUGCUCAAGUCCAUUUGGUUCAAUGUCUCUUGAUCAUCAUGGGAAUAACAAUGGAACUAAUUUCAUGGACACUUGCCAAAGGUUAAUGUUGCCAUAUGAAGCGAAUGAGGAUCAACAGCAUCAUCAAACUGACAUUCAUGACGUGAAGCCUAACACUAAGCUCUUGUCUCUUGAGUGGCAAGACCAGGGCUGUUCCGAUUCCGGAAAAGAAUCAUCAUAUGGGUACCUCAAUGGUCUGGGAUCAUGGACAGGCGUGAUGAACAACUACGGGCCAUCUGCGACGAACUCAUUAGUCUAAUGAAAUUACUAAUUAUUUGUGUGAUUAGUGACUUUAAUUUGAUCAGUUAUGAUUAUUUGCAUUAAUCAAAGAGUGUAGGUUAAUUACUCAACCACGUACUACUAGUUUCUUCGUAUAUGAAUAUGUAUGCCUUCGUUGAAAAUGGUUUCAAUUUCUUUCUGUUAUGAAGGUGUUCCAGUCCUUUCAUGUAAAUUGUAAUUAAGGUACUCCAGUCCUUUCAUGUUGUUUAUUGACUUAGUGAAGUAAUCAUUUAACAAGGAGUGUGUGUGAAUGAGAACCUGGAGAGUCCAAAAAUGAGUACUGCCUUGCUUUGGUGGAUUCAUUGUUUAUGAUUACUAG